CCCAGUAGCGACAGAAACGAUAGAAGCAAACAUGAGAUGCCAGCGGCUGCUUCAGCUUUUUUUCUUUCUUUGGAGUCUUACGAGCAACACAGGUGCUCAGCCAUUACAGGCAGAAGUAGAAGCGCUUCUUAAAUGGAGAGACAGUCUCCAAGCUGCCCAUGUGCUGAAUGCCUCUUGGUCAUUCCUUAACUCUAGCUAUGGCCCCUGCCAGUGGGCUGGGAUAGAUUGCAGCAGCGACGAAAACAGUAUCGUCAAGAUAAGUCUGCCAAAUAAGGAUCUGCGAGGUACACUCGAUCAUUUUGACUUUGCUGCCUUCCCUAAUCUUGCAUACCUUGAUCUCAGUGGUAACAAGUUCUAUGGAGGCAUUCCUGAUGGUAUAGACAACCUCUCCAAACUUUCCUUCCUCGAACUAUCAGUAAAUCAUUUCUCUGGCAGCUUACCAAAAAGUAUGGCUAAUCUUACUGGGAUCUCUGAGCUCCAGAUAUCAGAAAAUUUUAUUAGUGGAGAGUUGAUUCCAAGCUUCUUCACCAAUUGGAGGAACCUUACUCGCCUCGUGCUCUUUGGAAACAAACUGACUGGCAACAUACCCAUAGAAAUAGGCCAACUAAAGAACCUGACUCACUUAGAUCUAGCUCAUAACCUUCUUAACGGAUCAAUCCCUUCUUCUGUAGGCAACUUGUCCAGUCUUACAAGAUUAGACCUCUCAGCAAACAGUCUAAUAGGACAUAUACCUUCAGAAAUGGGAAAACUUCACAGCCUAGUUGAGUUAAGCUUGCACAUGAACCAACUAGCAGGUUCGGUACCUUACACCUUAGGGAAUUUGUCUAGCCUGUCUCACAUGAACAUUCGCCAAAAUAAAUUGUCUGGUGAGAUCCCUCCUGAGAUGGGAAAUCUCAAGAAACUCACCGACUUGGACCUAUCUAAGAACUCCCUUGUUGGUUCCAUACCACCCGAGAUAGGAAACCUUAUGGACCUCGUCUCUAUAAACAUAUCCUUCAACUCUCUCACAGGGUCCCUCCCUACUUCUAUUGGAGAACUGUCUAGUCUAGUGAAUUUGAUCAUCAAUGAUAACCAUCUUACUGGGUCUAUUCCUCAGUCGAUAGGAGAGCUAACAAAUCUCAAGUUCUUGGUCCUUGAUACUAAUAAAAUUGCAGGUUCGAUUCCAGCUCAGAUAGGAAACUUGUCAAAUCUGCAGCAAUUGUUCCUCGGGCUUAAUUUAUUAAUUGGGACUAUUCCGCCAGAAUUAUGGAAGCUCAAUAAGCUCACUCAAUUAGAUUUGGCAUCCAACUUUCUUCCAGGUUUUAUCCCUCCUUCCAUAGGUAAUUUGUCUAAUCUUUACUUCUUAAGUCUAAGCAACAAUAGCCUCUUCGGCACUCUACCUCCACAAAUGAAUAACUUCACAAGUCUAGGAUUUUUGUUCCUUUCAGUUAAUUAUCUUUCUGGUUAUUUACCAUCAGAAAUAUGUAAAGUUAGAAGACUUAUCCGCUUUUCAGCUUACAACAACCACUUCACUGGAUCAAUACCAGAAAGCUUGAGGAAUUGCACAAGCUUAACUAGACUUACAUUAUAUGGGAACCAACUUAGUGGUAACAUUUCAGAGGCAUUUGGAUCAUAUCCUAACCUAUCCUAUGUGGACAUGAGCAAUAAUCUACUAACAGGUGAGAUCUCCCCAAGCUGGGGCAAAUGUCAUAGACUUGAACACUUGGAUUUCUCUAAUAAUCACAUCAGCGGCAAGAUUCCAAGUUCAAUCUCUCAAAUGGCACAAUUGAAGGAAAUAGAUGUUUCUGCCAAUUACUUAACAGGAGAUGUUCCAAGAGAAAUAGGAGAAUUGUUAAGUUUGCAAAAGAUAUAUUUGAGCAACAAUUAUCUUUCAGGCACUAUACCAUCCGAAAUUGGUAGGUUAGCCGAAUUGGAAGAAUUGGAUUUAUCAUCCAACAAACUCAAUGGACCAAUACCUGAAGGGAUUGGGAAUUCUGAUAAGUUGAUUCUAUUGAAGCUGAGCAACAAUAGCUUAAACGGAACAAUCCCUCUUCAGAUGGGGAACUUGGCACAACUGCAGAUAUUGCUGGAUCUUAGCCACAACAUGCUAACAGGGUCAAUACCAAGCCAGCUUGGGAAGUUAAACCGUCUGGAGAAGCUCAAUCUUUCCCAUAACAAGCUCAUGGGUACUAUCCCAUCAUCUUUGGCUGGAAUGGUUAGUUUGUUAUCAGUUGAUUUGUCUUUUAACAAUCUCACAGGCCCUCUCCCAAACAACUUUGCUUUCCUGAAUGCUUCAGCAGAGUCAUUUACUGGCAACCUCGACUUAUGUGGAGGAGUUAAUUUGCAACCAUGCAAGCCUCCCAAGGAGGCAAAAAAUCAAAAGAAAAGUCGAAUAUUGGUGGCCAUUAUCACUCCAGUUGCUGCAGCGCUCAUCCUUGUGUUCAUUGUCAUUGGAAGUUUUAGAGUUUGUCAAAAAACAACACAAAGAAGGCAAGAUAAGGGGAGCAUCAACUUUGAAACUUACCAUGGAAAUGAUAUGUUCUCCGUAUGGAACUAUGAUGGUAAACUUGCUUAUGAGGAUAUUGUCAAUAGUACAAGGAAUUUCAGUGACGAGUACAUUGUUGGUAUAGGAGUACAUGGUAGUGUUUAUAGGGUUGAACUUCCCACAGGUCAAAUAGUGGCUGUCAAAAAGUUCAAUCAAAUGGAUAACGAUGUGCUAUCAGACUCAGGAUUUAGAAAUGAGAUUAAAACAUUGACGGAAGUUCGCCACAGAAACAUAGUCAAGCUCUAUGGAUUUUGUAUGCAUCCUCAAUGCUCAUUUUUGGUGUAUGAGUAUGUAGAGAGGGGAAGCUUGGCAAAAAUACUGAGCAAUAAUGAAGAGGCGGAGAGAUUAGACUGGGAAAAGAGGGUGAAUAUCAUAAAUGGUGUUGCAGAUGCUUUGUCGUACAUGCAUCAUGAUCAUUCAAUUCCAAUAAUCCAUCGUGACAUCUCUAGCAAGAAUAUUUUGUUAUAUCCUGAUUUUGAUGCAUGUGUUUCUGACUUUGGAACAGCAAGGUUACUAAACCCAGAUUCAUCCAAUUGGACUGCGGUUGUAGGAACACACGGCUACAUGGCUCCAGAGUUGGCAUAUACCAUGAGAGUGACAGAGAAGUGUGAUGUCUACAGCUUUGGGGUCCUAGCCCUUGAAAUUAUAAUGGGAAGGCAUCCAAGGGAGUUACUGUCAUCUUUAGUUAUUCUCACUGAGCAAGAGUUUGGUGUAAAGCUUUGGGAAAUGUUGGACCAGCGUAUACCAGCUCCAGGGGACCAAGAAGCAGAGAUAGUGGCCACUGUUGCCAAGCUUGCAGUCACGUGCAUAGACAUGAAUCCGGAAUCACGGCCUACAAUGCGCGCUGUUUCCCAGCAUCUUUCCGUUCCCAGCACAAAGCAUUAUUUGUUCAAAGCCUUCACAGAAAAAAUAUGAUGCAUCAUGAGAAUGGUCCACACUCUACAGUUUUGCAGGUGCUGCUUCCGUGGACAAAAUGAGCUGAUCAAAGUCCCAUUAAUUUGUAUAGAGAUGCUGAUUAAUGUUGAUGCGUAAGCAUGUCUAGCAUUUCCAUCGGAGAAAAUCGAAAGAAGAAACAACAUCCUGUUGCAUAUGCGACUCUAUUGAAGACAGAUUCUGCACCACUGCCAUCUCUGAACAUGUAGACUUGAUACGAAGAACUCUAGUUGGAUGUUAUCAUGUCAACUCUAGUAAAAAAUGAAAUUGCUUCUUUUUAUUGCCGCUGUUGGUGAAAGUUGUAAAUACAGUAAAUACUAA